AUGGUCUGGAGAUUCUUUUUGCCUGAAACAGAUACUUUCUUAAGACAAAAACAAAAACUCUAUGAAAAUAAUGAGAAAAAGAAACUGAAGGCACUUGAGUUUAGCCAAGAAGGAAAGAAAGCAGUCAAAAGUUAUUGGCUUGUCUUAAUUUAUACUGUUUUCAUGAUGUCUGGUUUUAAUUUCAUGUCUCAUGGCUCUCAGGAUUUGUAUCCAACCUUAUUAACUAAGCAAUAUGGUUUUGGGCCUGAUCGUUCUACGGUAACUAACGCUGUGGCUAAUUUAGGAGCAAUCACUGGUGGUUUGAUUCUUGGUCAUAUGUCUACCUUCAUUGGACGUAGGUUAGCAAUUGUCAUUGGUUGUGUACUUGGUGGUGCUAUGAUAUAUCCAUGGGCAUUCAUUAAGGGUUCUGGUAUAAAUGCUGGUGCAUUCUUUUUGCAAGCUGGAGUUCAAGGUGCUUGGGGAGUUGUUCCGAUUCACCUUUCAGAAUUGUCGCCACCUCAGUUUAGGUCUUUUGUCACAGGUCUUUCUUACCAACUAGGUAACCUAUGCUCUAGUGCUAGUUCGACUAUUGAAAGUACUAUAGGUGAAAGGUUCCCAAUCUACAGAGAAGGAGAAGAAGACAUAUAUGAUUAUGCGAAAGUUAUGCUGAUCUUUAUGGGAUGUGUGUUUGCAUAUUUAAUCAUAGUUACUGUUUUAGGUCCAGAAAAUAGAGGUGCUGACUUAGGAAUUGAAAGAGAUGAAAUCCUUGAGGACGAAAUUCAUGACACAACUCAAAAAUCGAUUGAUUCGGUUGAGCACUAUAAAUCUGAAAAUAUUGAAAAGAAACCAGACAUUUCCCAUGUUGAAUAA